AUGACAGGAUUUGAGCCUCGGUCCCCAAAAUGUUAUGUGGGUCUCUGGAUUAAAAGUCCAACGAUAGCACCACUAGACCAUCACCUCCACAUCUACAUUCACUAUGGAUAUGCUCCCUUUAUGUCUUUGGUGAACCGUGAUUCUGUGUUCAAUGUUCCUAGUGCUCUCCUGUCUCCAGGUCCACAACACUAUGACAUUACACCAGUUCAGGAACACAUCAAAGGAGGGCAGAGCAUGAGGAACAAGGAAGCUCGCUUCAAAACCACUGCAGAUGACCUCCCAGGACCUGGCACCUAUGAUAUCGCCCCCAUGCGGUUAGCUGAGAAAUCAAUCAAAUCGUUUAAACCACAUUGCACAGCAGUGUCAAGCUCACCAGUCAGUGUCCCAUCAAUCCCUUCAUCAAAUCAGUCCUUCGGCUAUGAAGAAGCUGAAGAUGGAGCUCUGUCCAGGCAUUUGCCUCCUUCCAAAGACGGAAUCCUCGGUCCUGCAUAUUAUAAUCCACAAUAUAAUGAGCCAUACCCGACUCGGCAGUAUAAAGGAGUGCAUUUUGGUAACCGCACAUCGAAACGCAUUGAUUUUAAAAUUCGUGAAGGCCCUGGACCUGGGACGUACGAUCUCCUGAAGGAAAAUACUAUUUAUUGUGAAAAUCUGAACAUGAAGAAUAAAGAUCAGAAGUAUGAAUCUCACAUCCCCCGAUACCUUGAUGCAGUUGUACAAGAGGAGGAAAAGAAGGGCUUCCCUGGACCUGCAAAAUAUGAAAUAAAAAGCUUGUUUGGUGAGAAGACCAGCCCCCACGAUAAACUGAGUACUCCACAUCCACCGUUCUUGUCUCAGACCAAGAGGUUUUUGCCUGUGAAAUCCAUCACCCCAGCUCCUGGAUGGUACGAUGAUCCACGGACUGCUCUCCAGUCCUUGAAGAGGAUAUCGACGAAAGGCAAAACCGCUUUCGGUCAUAAUGCUGUGAGAUUUGUCGAGGAUUGGCGCACAGCUGAAGAGCCAGGUCCAGGGACCUACAACAUCACGAACCACACUCUGGCUCGAGAAAGCGAAAGGAAAGCCAGUUUAGAGAACUCAUUAAGAGGAGGAUUUGGAUCAACAGUUCCCCGUCUGAAAUCUGACAAAUCGAAACAAAACAUGCCAGGUCCAGCUGAUUAUAAGGAUCACCCGGCACCAGGUUCCUAUGAAGUGCACAGGUCCUACGAGAGGACACAAGGCAGAGGAUACAACACCACGAGUGAAUUUGCAUGCAAAUCUUUCCUGACUACUGUACCACGGAGUGUUAAGAUAGCUCGGCAGAGUGCAGAUGAACCUGGACCUGGUGCAUACAAACCCAUUCUCAAGUCUGCACCCACGAUGGCAUUAAUGAUUUCAAAUCAACCGCGAUUUAAAGACCCGACUAUUCGCACUCCUGGUCCUGCAGACUAUGAGGACCACAUAGAGGAUAUCCUCUGUGGAGAAGCUGUAUCUGGGAAGGGUCCCACUGGGCGCCCCCAGCUGCACUACAAAAACGUCUGCAUCUUGAACAUGAAGGCGCUUGAUAUUGUCAUAGAGCCCUGGGAGCGGCUUGUAGCUGACUGCAUGAGAUGGAGAAGUACCCUGAACCAAUACCUCAACAGAAGGGGGAACAAGCUGUUGAGCGCUGCAGCAGACAAGCGAGCAUGCAGGGAGGAGUGCAGCUGCUCUAACAGAUCAAUAUGUGACCAGGUCUGUCACUCCAGCAUUGGUCACUUCAGUCACAAGCAACAUUGCCUCAGGGAAGCAGAAAGCUAG